AUGAGUUCGAUGAUGAAGAAGAAGACGGGCAAGGGCUUCAAGCCCACAGCCAGGCCCCGCGUUCCCGGCGCAUCGCAACCCGCCAGGCCCCUCACCGACACACCUCCCGCUCCUGCGACCUCCCACACACCGGCACCCACCACAGAACAAGACGCCUCGCAGAGCGCUACGCCCUCGACAACUCGAGAACCUCUGCUACAGCAUGGGCAGUCAGAAAAUGCGCCCUUGUCUGCAAGCCCGAAAACUGGGGACAGUACAGCCGACCCGACACCUACCGGUACAACACCAAUACCAAUAGAUAACAGCAGUUCCUUGGCUUCGAUCAAGUCCUCGCAGGCCACCGCCACUGCUGUGAAAGUUUCCUCCUCGACACCCUCAGCCGCGACGCGUCAGUCCGGAAGCGCGGGUGCGACCGCGGCAGAUGCCUCCCAACCCAUCCCGACCAUAGAGAUUGCGCCACCAGAAGGAGAUGAUCAAUCUUCGACAGAACCAACAUCUGCGACAGGCAGCGCCAAGAAGCAGACACCCGCCAAGAGGGUAGCCGGCAAGCGCGCAGCUGUUUCGACGGAGGACGAAAACGGCGAGGCCGCGGAAUCUGAGACGAGCCCAGAUGGCGAAGCCGCAGGUCCGAAAAAAGGCGACGCCCAACAAGAAAGAUGGGCGCGACGCAGGAUGGGUGACGCCGCGGCACGGCAACCUCGGGAAGAGGAAGCAGCCGUCGGCGGAGGGGGCCGAAGGGGACGCCACUGGAGCAGAGACCCCCGCACCCAGGAAGCGGCGAGAGCGAUCGGCGACGCCGGACGACGCAGACCAGCAAACCGUGGAUCGAGCGUGCUCACUCUGAAGGACCUCACGGUGGACCUGCGCAUCGGCAAAAAGUUCAAACGCUACGACGAGAUCCUGCAGCGUGAGCGCGAAAAGCAGGCCAAGAUUGCGGCGGCCAGGAGACAGCGGGCGCUCAGCAAGAGCGGCCGGGGCGUCAGCGUGGACCCGUCUGAACCGUCGGGCACGCCGCUGCCGGGCAUCGACAAGGAGGACACGACGCCGGCACCGGUGCCGAUGGCGCCAGCGCAGUCGCAGCUCGACUCGCUGGGCCCCCAGUUCAUCGAGGUGGACGGCCAGAUUGUGCUCGACCAGCGCUCGCUCCAGGUCGACGCCCACGCGCGCGCCGAGCAGCGCGACCUGGCCGAGGGCAUCACGCGCGAGGAGCAAGAGGAGCACGACUUUAGCCACCACGUCACGAGCAACAGCUUCCUGCCCAAGACGUCCAAGAUUCGCGGCCCCAACAUCUGGAACGAGGAGGACACGGAGCUCCUGUACCGCGGCCUCCGCAUGUUCGGCACCGAUUUUCAGAUGAUCUCGGCCAUGUUCCCCGGCCGCACGCGCCGCCACGUCAAGAUGAAGUUCAACCGCGAGGAGCGCCUCAACCCGACGCGCAUUCACGCCGUGCUCGUCGGCGAGAAGACGGUCAAGAUCGACCUGCAAGAGUACAAGCAGUGGACCAAGCGCAAGGAGGAGUUUGUCCCCACCGAGACCAUCAUGGCCGAGCAGCGCAGGGCCAAGGCCGAGUUUGACGCCGCGCAAAAGGCCAAGGAGGACGAGAAGAAGGCGGCCAUGGAGGAGAAGCGCAGGAAGCUCUGGGCCGAUGGCGAGGAGGAGGGCGCCGCCGAUUUGGCCGCCGAGGAGGAGGAGAUUCGCAAGAAGAAGAAGGGCAAGAAGAAGAGGAAGAAGGACGAUCUCGCCAUGUACGGCGAGAUUGUCGAGGAAAGUCUGGCGUAA